AUGAGUAACAAUCAAGAUAACAAAAGAAGAAGGGUAUAUUUAACCAAUGAAAAUGAUAUAGAUGGGAAUGAGAAUAAAGAAAGUCUAAAUGAUUGCUUAUCUGUUAAUAUGAGCCAGUAUGAUGAGGAUUAUGGCGAAAAUGAUAAAAAAAUAUCUAAACAUUUUUUAAUCGAAAAUUUAAGCGAUCAAAGUUUAUUAUUAAAUAAAUUAAAAACAUUAGAAGAGAACAAAUUAUAUGUAAAAAAUGUUAAUGAAAAUUUAACAAAAACAGAUUUUGAUAUAUUUUUUUCAAAUAUUAUAGGUUAUGUAGAUACACGAAUUAUUUUUAAGUCAUCAAAAAAGUCAAAAAAAUUUGCAUACAUAGAAUUUGAUACUAAAGAAAAUGCAUUAAAUUUUUUAAAUACGUUAGAAGAUAGUCAUGUAGAAAAAUUUAAAAAAUUUUUUAUUCAAAAUAAUAUUCUUUAUGCAUGUAUAUCUGAUCCUCAAAAAAAUAUUUAUGAACAAAAUAUAAUUUUUAUUAAAUUUAUUAAUCUAGUUACUCAAACAGAUGAAGAUAUAAUUAACCAAAUUAAACAAUUUCUAAUCUCUCAUUCUAUAUCUGUCUUUGACAUAAGGCUUCUUGGAGAUCCUGCCUCAAAGCAUGGGUAUGUCGAGGUGGAAAAAAAUGAAGAUGUGGUAAAAUGUGUUGAAGAAAUAAAACGGUGCAUUUUAGAAGACGGAAUAACCGAGUGCAUUAUGAAUUAUUCCAUCCCAAUAAUAAAAAAAAAGAUAAUACCAGAUAUAGAAAAAAUUAAAAUAAAAAAAGAAAAAAAUAAGCAAAUGAAAGAUGAAAAAAGAAAAGAAGAAAAUAGUGCAAUUAUUGUUGUAAAAAAUUUACAUUAUAAUACAAGAAAAUAUAAACUUGAACAAUUUUUUCAACAAAUUGGAGAAAUUGAAAGUAUAAAUUUAAGUAAAAAAACAUCCGAAAAAAAUAAUAAAAGAAAUAAAGGUUAUGCUUUUGUAACUUUUAAAAAUAAAGAUGAUGCUACAGCAGCAUUAAUAUUAAAUGAUUCUAUUAUUGACGGACGAAAUAUAUUAAUAUCAAAGUUUAUUGAUAAUAUAAAAGAUAAUCAAAAAGGAGAUAAAAAAAAAAAGAUUAAUUAUGAACAUGAAGAUGUUUUUAAUGAACAAAAUGAUCAGAGAAAUUCAUUAGCACAUCUUAAUGAUUCCAAACGAUGGAAUAAUCCAACGCAAAAAAUAAAACAUAUACAUCAUGAAAGACACAAAUUUAUAGAAAAAAAACGAAUAAACUUAAAAGACGAAGAUAACAAUAUUAAUUUAAUUAUAGAAAAAAAAGCUAACGAACCAUCAUGUCCUAUGUCAAAUGAUGAUUUUAGAAAACUAUUUUUUAAAUAA